CCUCACAGAAAACUAACACUGUCAAUUUAGCUUCAUAUACACAAAUAAGAACAAGCACCAGUCUCCUACGAUCGAAUUCGACUGCCAGAAUAGUCUAAAGAUGAUUCCAGUGUUUCGCUUGGUGGCGCUGUUAUUGACCGUUUUCCUCGUGGACUGCCGAUAUAUUUUCCCUCCAGACUCCCAGGAACACGGUUUUCAUCAUAUCCACCAGGCCGUGUUAGACGAAAGCGGUGAUUUCCAUCUACACUGGGAGCACGACCAGGAGUCCAUCAUCUUCGAGUGUCAAGUCCGAACGACAGGUUACAUCGGACUGGGGUUGUCAACUAAGGGACAGAUGAAAGGAGCUGACAUCUUUAUAGGAUGGGUGUCCGAUGGGGAGCCGUACGGACUGGAUGGCCAUGUGGAGAAGGAUUACUGGGUGAGUUUCAGCGAGCAUCAGGAUUGGCAGAUUCUCCACGGAGAAGAAAACAAUACCCACACAAUCAUCCGCUUCCGGCGGAAACUCAUCACGUGCGAUCCUCGGGAUAGGCCAAUCACGAGAGAUACGGUACGGGUUAUCUUCUCUUGGGGGCAAGGAGACCCGGUCAAACAUAAUUCCACAAAACACUGUGGUUUACCACCGGAAAUGGAUCUGCAUCACAACGACGAGCCGUCCCACGGCGUGAAGAGCUUGUUGUUGUUGGACUCCCAUAUGAGAGCAUCCGAUGUGCCGGCCAAUACAGAAACGUUUGAAUUCAGGAACCCCAAUAUCAGUUUACCUCAGACUCAGACGACAUAUUGGUGCCAGGCAUUUCAACUUCCCAACCUGACCAGGAAACAUCACAUUAUCAAGUUUGAACCGAUCGUGUCCCCAGAGAUGACCGGAGUGGUCCAUCACAUCAUCCUGUACGCCUGUUACCACGAUGUGCCCUCUGAGCUGGACGGGUACGGACAAUUCUGUGCCUCUGCUAGCAUGCCUAAAGUGGUAGGCCAGUGCAUCAGUCCUUUGGUGGCGUGGGCCGUAGGUGGACAGGCGUUUGUCUUCCCUUUGAAUGCUGGGUUUUCCAUCGGAAUGGAAGAUGAUCCAACUUUUGUUAUCAUGGAAACUCACUUUGAUAAUCCCAAAUACCAUACACAUCUGAUUGACAACUCUGGGAUUCGGAUUUACUAUACAUCCAGUCUUCGUCCGCAUGAUGCCGGUCUAAUGGCAGCUGGACACGAGAUGACGCCGUACAUGAUCAUACCGCCAGGCCAGAAAGACUUCCGGGUCAGGGGUUACUGCGCUAAGGAAUGUCUGAACGAAGUUCUAAAGCAGCAGUCAGGAGGCAUUAAGGCUGUAGGCGUCCUUCUUCAUUCGUACAUGUUAGGCACAGGCGUUCAGACCAGACAUUUUCGUGGUGAAACAGAGUUGCCUGCCUUGGCUUCUGAUAUGGCUUACGACUACAAUUACCAGGAGGGGCGCUAUAUACCCCAGGAGGUCACCAUACUUCCGGGGGAUUCAUUAAUGACAGAAUGUACGUAUGAUUCAAGGAACAGAACCAACAUCACAGUGGGCGGUAUGUCCAUGAGAGAUGAGAUGUGCAUGAGUUACAUCCUGUAUUACCCCAAAGUACCUCUGACGUUUUGCACCAGCAGCCCGAAAGUCACUGACGUCAUCAAAGUUAGCGAGGUAUCCUCGGUCUACUGGGGCCCGGACAUCGUUGUUUUCCCCAAGUCCUACCAAGGCUUAACACUUGUGCAGGCAAUGAACGAUGUUGACUGGUCAAACCCAGACAUAGUCCAGAGAUAUACACGGGAUAUAAGCGGCUCCGAAAUCAUCGCCAGAUGUCUUUAUUGUAAUAAUAACGGAACGUAUCAGACAGACAGAAAUCUAGUCCGGACUACGCCCGUCAAGCAGCCGUACCGUCCCCAGGGUGAUGUCUGCUCGCAUGCUUCAUCCAUUCAUGAAAUGCCCAAAUGGAUUGUACUAUGGACCUUGUUGUCUUUGUUCUCAUGAGAUAAUGUUAGAUUAGUACCUUCUUAUUCAUCGUAUACAACAAUAAUACCCAACUGAAGAGGUUUGAAAGCAACACGAUAUUCAGCUCUAGUCUGUCCGUGGUUUAUUUGUGGUCGGUAGUCGAACUGAGAAAAGGAAAGGGAAAGUGAAUUUUUAAAAAAUAUUCUAGGGGAGUGAUCACCAUGUGUACAAACCACGUUCAGAAGGUUGAAUGCUCGAAGCCAGCUACGUGUGCGCUAGAGGUGAGCCUGUGGCUUGCGCCCGAAAACCUUCAGUCAGGUCAGUUCAGCGUGCUUCUGGACGAUAACCAUGGUGUGGAUAGGAAACCAUAUACCUACAUGUAUGUGAACACGUGUUUAGGCGUACUCAAAGCGGUGUUCAUUUUGUUUACCAAGGAACAAUAGAAACAUACGACCACUGGCUGUGUACACAUAUUUUACAGACUGAAGUGCAUAGGGAUUUUAAGGUAUGCAUGAUAGCAAGCGCGAUAGUCUGUGCCACCAUCAGUUACUGUAUGUACGUCCUGUGUACAUAGAGUAUAGACGCAGGCCUAAUUUUUAUGCUAUCCAGGCUGUGGGAUGAUUUUACGACCGCUGGCGUUCCAUGGCGGGAAAUUCAUUGAUAGUUCGACAAUCUCUACAUGCUGUGUGUACAUCGUCCAGUUUUCUGUUGGUACUUCAUUCAGUUAAAAUCUGUUAUAGUCAAGGUGACAUUUUAUGCAACUGUUUUCACAUUUAUCCUCAUGCUUGUAAUGAAUGUAAUUUGGUCUGGCCUAAGAGCAUAACGGAUGUGUACAUUUGUCUACGGUAUACCGGUACUCCGUUCCAGUGAAUGCAGGUUUUAUGUGCAGUUUUGUUUACGGUAUGCAGGUGCUCUGUUUCUUUGAAUGCAGGUUUUUAAGCGCAGGUUUGUCAACAGUAUGGUGCACCGGUGCUCUGUUCCAUCGAAUGCCGCUUUUCAUGCCCAGUUUUGUCUACAGUACGGUGUACCAGUGCUAUGUUUAAUCGAAUGCAGGGUUUCAUGCGCAGUUUUGUCUGCAGCACGGUAUACCUGUGCUGGUUCCAUCGAAUGCAGGUUUUUAGGCGCAGGUUUGUCUACAGUACGGUAUACCGGUACUCUGUUCCAUCGAAUGCAGGCUUUUAGGGACAGUUUGGUCUGCACUAUGGUGCACCGUUCCUCUGUUCCUUCGGGUGCAGGUGUUCAGGUGCAGUUUUGUCUGUAGUAUGGCGCACGGGUGCUCUGUUCCAUCGAAUUCUGGUUUUUAUUCGCAGGUUUGUCUGCAGUGUGAUGAACCGGUGCUCUAUUAUAUGGCAUGCUGGUUUUUAGGGGCAGUUUUGUCUACAGUAUAGUGUACUGGUGUCUGUUCCAUCGCAUGCUGGUUUUUAGGGGCAGUUUUGUCUACAGUAUAGUGUACCGGUGUCUGUUCCAUCGCAUGCUGGUUUUU